AUGGAGGACAGUGGAGUGGACAGAUUGUGUCCACAGACUACACAUAUUUCGUGUUUAUACCCAGAGAUCUUGGCACUCAUAUUCAGUUACUUGGAUGUAAAAGACAAGGGUCGAGUGGCACAAGUGUGUAUUAACUGGCGUGACGCGGCUUAUCAUAAAAGUGUGUGGAGAGGAGUCGAGGCGAAGCUCCACCUGCGUCGGGCCAACCCGUCUUUGUUCCCGUCGCUGGUGCGUCGAGGUGUCCGCCGCGUGCAGGUGCUGUCGCUGCGACGGUCGCUCAGGGAUGUCAUCAGCGGCGUGCCCAACCUUACCUCCCUCAACCUCUCCGGCUGCUACAACGUUACGGACAUCGGCCUCACGCACGCCUUCGUCACCGAAUCUCCGUCACUCACGCACCUCAACCUCUCGCUCUGCAAACAGAUCUCGGACUCCUCCUUGGGCAAGAUCGCUCAGCAGCUGAGGAACCUCGAAGUCCUGGAGCUCGGAGGCUGCUCGUACAUCACCAACACGGGCCUCCUGCUGGUGGCCUGGGGCUUGAAGAAGCUGCGGAGACUUAACCUCAGGUCAUGCUGUCUCGUGAGUAAUCAGGGCAUCGCCUACCUGGCGGGGCAGCACCAGGAGGCCGCGGACGGCACCACGGCCCUCGAGUACCUUGGCCUCCAGGACUGCCAGAAACUGUCCGACGAGGCCCUCAGACACGUGGCCAACGGCCUCCCUAACCUCAAGAGCAUCAACCUCUCGUUCUGUGCCAGUAUCACAGACUCAGGACUCAAAUACCUUGCGCGAAUGCCCAGCCUCCGCGAUCUCAACCUGAGAUCAUGUGACAACAUCUCCGACAUCGGCAUCGCGUACCUGGCGGAGGGCGGCUCGAGGAUCACCGGCCUCGACGUGUCCUUCUGCGACAAGAUCGGCGACCAGGCCCUCGUGCACAUCUCGCAGGGCCUCUUCACGCUGCGCUCGCUGUCGUGCUCGGCGUGUCAGAUCAGCGACGACGGCAUCCACCGGAUCGCGCGGACGUUGCACGAGCUCGACACGCUCAACAUCGGCCAGUGCGUCCGGGUGACCGACAAAGGCCUGCAGCUGAUAGCCGAACACCUCACCAACCUCUACUGUAUCGACCUCUAUGGUUGCAACCGCAUCACCACGGUAGGCCUCGAGAGAAUCAUGCAAUUGCCUCGCCUCUCUGUCCUGAACCUGGGCCUCUGGCACAAGCAUAGGCGGUGACGCAAGCCCAACCUAGGUCAAGCUAACCAAUCUACCCGCCGCCUCCUCAGCCCUACGAGGCACUCAAGGUCGCCCUACUGCCACCCCUGAUGGCACCGGAAGGGCGAGCGGUCGAGUGGCGCGCGGCGGGCCCUCAUCACUUCUACGGCUGUGCUAUAUAAGAUAGAUUAGAAUUCACUGGUUCUUCAACACUACGUUCCGCCCCGCCUCGACGUGGAAGUCCGGGGAAGCCAAAAAACGGAAAAAAGUGCUAAGUGCAGUGUAAUGAAACAUCGAACAUCCAGAAAAAAGGCAGUGUUUUAGUGAAACAUCAUGAAAAUGUUCCCUCAACUCCCCCUGUCAUUCACCCCCCCCCUUUAAACCGCCAUGCUGUGCCAUGUGAUUCAUCUUCAGAAACAAAACAAAACAAUUCUCUCCGUAAAUUUUUCUGUUUUAAGAAGAAUUUAUAUAUCCACAUAUUUAUAUAUAUUUACUUAUCGGAUAGAUACAACGAAAAUGGCAUUACACGAACUGUCUAAGUGUCCAUCUCGCCUUAAAGGUAAUCUUCAAGGUGAUUUGUAAAAAAAAAAAUCCUCGGGAAUCCUUGGAAUUGGCACCGGAUCAGUGCCAAUUAACCCCUCCCCCCUUCUCCAUCCCAAGUGUCAAAAAAUCGGGACCCUUGGUAGCAAGUGAGUGAGCAAUGCCAUUGGAUUCUCAGACUUCACUGACAAUAUGUAUAUAAAUGUAGUUCCGUGAUAAUCUAUGUGAUAUGUGUGUCUGUGAGAGUGAGAAAACGACCAAGACUGGGGCUUCACCUGGUUAAUGAAGCCUGCGUGUGGAAGCGAAGUGUGCAUGGUUGUAAGUAUUGUAUGUAUCGUGAUGCAAUAUUGUCGCUUCUUAUGUAAAUAUAGAUUUUAAAGAACUCCCGAGCGAGAGGUUUAAACGCCUUAUCCCUCCUCCUCCCCUUCUUCCCCCCACCCCCCUCCCUCACACCUUCACACGGCAUGAGGAAGAGAGAAAAAAGUUUUUAGGUACCUGGAAUAUGUGAAACCUGAUGUCAGAACUUAGAUGUCCAAAUAAAAUGGAUUUCCAAAGCAAAUGAGAAUGCAAGUGUCAUGACUAUAACAUUUUUCUUUAUUAUUUUAAAGUUAGUGCCAUUCAAGGGGUCAAAGCCAUGUUAUGUGGGACAGAGCUUUAAGGUUAGGGAAACAGGGAGAGUUACGCUAAACUAUUCGACUAAAAAAUCCGUAUAGUAAACUUUAAAGAAGAGUAAAAACGUAUUGCAAUUUGUGAUGGUCGACUUACGUCCAAAUUUUACUCCAGACUGAUAUGUUAUCUUGCAGUUACCUCCCCCCUCCCCCUCACCCGCUCUCUCCCCCUAUGCAUCGGUCAGUAUUUUCUAAACAUUUCACUUACAUCAGGGUUGUGUUGUAAACCCAUUUUAAGGGUUGGCGUGUGGCCCCUAAACCCUGUCGACAAUCCUGAUUUCCUUUGGUGUUCUGUGUCCACUUCUGAGAUUACAUAGUGUAUUUUUUCUCCAAUUAUAUUUUUGUGCAUUUUAAGUUAUAAUAUAUAUUUUUCUUUGGUAUGUUCCCCCCUUGCUAAAGCUGUCAAAGCUAUGGGUAUAAACAAUGUUUGUUUUUCGCUGCACUGGAGUUUUGCAUAAGGUUCUGAGGCUGCUGACUGGCCAUAGUCCAUGACUCAGUCCAUCAGAAUGCUUACUUGAACUUAAUCUGAAGUCAAGCGCUCAGGAGAACGGCAAACACGACUUAUGCAGUGAUGGUUUACUUGUACUCCCAAUCAUACUUACUGAAAUGUUUCAUAUUCACUGUGAAUGUCCCUCAUUGCAAAAAGUAAACAGCCGGACCACACUCGCGCAGUAAAGGUUGUGUUUCACCUUGAUUAACUGUAAAAAAGGCAUGUUUGUUUAAUAGGUUCUUUACAACUUUUGAUUGGCUGUGCAUUUUUUUGCCUAGUCAGAAGCUAGGAAUUGUUUGUAAAAAUAACAAACAUGCCUUUAACAUCUUGUCCUAUGUCGUUCACGAGAGAGGAUUAAUUAUCAGAUGUCAAGUGUGUUCAAUUAUUUUUAUUUCUGUCGUAUCAGAGUUGUCGGUAUUAGAAUCUUUGAAAUGUCUAGGCAAUAUGAUUUCAUGCUGAGAAGACUUUCUGCCAUUAUUUUGAUUAAUAAUAACUUGAAUGUCAUGAUUUCUAGUUUUUCUGGGUCAGUAUAAAUGUACUUCAGCUGGUGCUUACUCAGUACUUAAAUAGAUCAUGAAUCUUGUAAUAGUUUACUCGUUAUGCAAUGACAGUGUCACCUGCUCUGAAAUACAGUAUAACUCUGGACUUGACAUUGUUUUUCUUUUGCAUUACGCUGCCGCUGUCAAGUCGUGCAAUCCCAUUCGGGUAUUACAUAAAUCUCCCCCAAACAAGUAAUCAGACUUUGUGCAAUUCUUCUUCCACCCACACUGGCGGCGGCGAAUCCCCUCCGUCAGUGGUGGGCGCUUGCGCACACCUGCGACACACCUGCAUCCGCGCCCACACCUGCCGUAACCCUCUCGCUCGAGGUUCUCACCGCUGUCGGUGUCCCUGAGCUGGGAGGGGGGAGGGGGUGACGUAUGCAGCUUCUCACACACACACACACACACACACACACACACACACACACACACACACACACACACACACACACACACACACACACACACACACACACGUUUAACUGUCCUACGAACCUCUUAUUGAUUCAAAAGUUAGUAUCCAAGCUGCUUUCCCUUUCCCGAUCGAGCAGGUGUAUGUGCCCAAUGUCAGUAUACAUAAUCAUGACUUUCAAGUUAUCUUUACAUUCAUGUACUACAUAUUUAUUAUACUUGGCAGAAAUUCUUUCGUGUUCAAAGGGAAAAGUAUGAGCCAAAACCUCUACCGCAAUGAAAUCUUUGUUUGUCCUGUAAAACCGAAUGCCAAACUUUUGUCAAAAUGCCAUGUCAAUGAUAUUGCUGUGACCCCUCUCAACUGGUGUGUGUACCCGCCUUCCAUGCACACCUGCUCGGCCUCUGCUAAGUCAUGCUCUUGCACGUUCAUUUCCCUGUAGGCUGCGUGUGCGCUGCCAUGCAGGGUAUGCACACGUACGUGCACGCGGGUGAACGUGCAGGAAGCCAUGCACAGUGCGGGGCUGUCCCGAGCGCGGGUUGGGCGGGGUAUACGCUCCAACCUUACGGGUACUUGCUCAAUGCUUCACCUCCACAUCGGCAGUAUUACUACCUUCACGCCGGGCACUACCAGCGCUCUCCCAUGCCUCACGUCGCCAAAGUCAUUUCCUGUCAUUAUCCGCUUCACCACGUCAGCUGGAGCCGACUUUUCACUACACACGUCUAGCGUAUGGUCUGAUUUACGUGAAUCAAUAUAUAGUGAUUGGAUUUUUUUUCCAGAUCUAAACAGUUGAUAUGUUCAUUUUCAAAAUCUUGUUAAUUAACGAAGGCAUUGCUAGAGACGCGUCGAGUUCAGAGAGGUCGGGAGAGAGACAUUCCUCUUGCGACGUGAAUGGAGAUCGCUGGUGCUGCCUGGCUUCCCCCUUACUCCAUCAUGCAUCCUUCCACCCCGUAUUAAUAACAUAAUUGUGCCAGUAUAAAAUCAAAAUUUCCCUCCCUGCCCCUCCC